AUACGAAUGUACAGCUAAGAAUGCUAUCUUCAAUCGGUCAAGCGGCUGAACUGAGGUAGUCGAGUAGCCAGAGCGGAUUUAUCUAUCCAGCCGAGCGUUUGGGGCUCCAAAUCUUUUAAAUUGUCCGCUCGAAACGCCGCGAUCCACAUUCGAAAGCGGAUAUUCGGCCAGAGUGUUUCCGACAGAACGACGGUUUCGUCAGUUUUCAAAAUAUCUUAUUCGGUGGCAUUUAGUAAGAAAUUAGUCGCGCAGGCCGUCUAAUGUCUGGUAUUGUAACGCAAGUGUAACGAGCCAAGAAAUUCCUGAUAACGAGGCAAACACAAUACAUUACAUUCCGUGAGUGUUAUUAACGCGUGACCGUUACUAUAAAAAAAGUUUUUAUUACUAGUUUGUGAGGAAGAGUGAAUAUUGAUUUGAUAAAAUGACUAGUGAUACUCCCCCGGCGAACAACAAACCCGUGACCCCAGGAUCUUUGAAGGAAACCGUCACAAAUGAACUGGAACGACUGGAAACUACCAACAAAUGGGUUUGGGCCCUCUUCUUUCUAUGCUUUUCACCAAACAUUCUAAAUGGAUUCCACGUCUCAUCAUAUGUCCUUCUGGCGCACAUAUCAAACGACAUGUGGUGUACAAUUCCGCAACUCAAAGACUCAAACUGGACCACCGAAGAAAUGCGAAACAUCUCAUCCACAGGACUCACAUCAAAAGGAUGUACGGUCCUAGAUUGGGACUACUCGCAGCUAGGCCAUAUGACGUUCACAGAGGCUUGGGAACAUACCCAAACCAAUGGCAGACCGAAGGAGGUAUCUUGCCAGUCCAGCAGUAUAGGUGGUUCCUAUGAGUUUGAAAAUCCGCUUUCGUCAAUCGUUCCAGAGUGGAACUUGGUGUGUGAAAAAGCUGUUUCCAGAACAUCAGCGCAAGUAUCAGUUUCGAUAGGCAAGUUUUUAGGUGCCUCAAUAUUUGGUAUCAUGUCGGAUAAAUUUGGGCGGAAAACCACCUUCGUCCUAGCUUCAGCGGUUUAUAUCAUCAGCAGCAUAAUCACGACCGUAUCUCCAUGGUAUACGCUUUUCUUAGCAGGGAGGUUCGGGUUAGGUGCAUCAGCAUCUGGUAUAUUUUAUCCUGCUUUUGCUCUGCUGAGCGAAAACAUCGGAGUAGGACAUCGGUCAAGGAUGAGUAUAGCCUUCAGUGCUUCCUAUCCAGUGGGCAUGCUCUUUUUGGCGUUGGUCGGUUACUUAAUCGAACCUUGGCGCUAUUUACAAUUGGCGUUGACAAUCCCUGGAUUUCUCCUGAUUCUCAAUUGCUACCUAAUGUUCGAAUCGCCCCGGUGGCUGCUUUCUAAGGAUCGUGUAGCAGACGCAUACAGGGUUGUAUUCAAGAAAAAAGCAAACCUUCAGUUGGAUAACAUACCUAGCGAAAAACAAAAGGAAGCAGAAUCUCAAAAACCUGCAACACUCAGUACAAAACUACUAGGAUCCGUCAAUGAGCUGAAAAAUCUUUAUGGAGAGUCAAAAAUGCGACGAAUGGCGUUCACGUGCUACUUUAUGUGGUGUGUGGUAUCACUUUGCUACUACGUCACAGCUCUAAACGCUAAUAAUCUUGCCGCUAACCGAUUUGUCUAUGUCCUUAUAACGGGCUGCGUAGACUUGCCCUGCUAUCUAUUGCCAAUGAUACUUUUAAGAUUCAUGGGACGCAAAACAGCCGCUUUUACCCUUUUCACGCUAGCUGGAAUAUCACUGCUUAUUGUUUUGGCUAUUCCACAAGAAAAUGUGAGCUUGCUCGUUUUCUUCGCGAUGUUUGGACGAUUUGGAAUUAGCGCUGUUUAUUCAAUAGUCACCUUGCACACUGCUGAACUAUUUCCUACAGAAAUCCGCAAUUCGGCGUUAGGAACAUGCUCCACAAUGGCCCAUAUAGGAUCAAUAACAGCGCCAUACAUUGUUGAUGUUCUGGGACUUCUUGGGUGGUUUAUUCCAACAACAAUAUGUGGGUGCUCUAUACUAGUGGCGGGGCUCCUGAUGCUUACAUUGCCGGAAACUGGUAAAAGGAACCUGGUUGAUCAUGUAAAAGACGAGGUAGAAUGUAAAAACGAUAAACAGUAAUUAUUUGUAUUAUUUGUUGUACAAAGAUUAAUAUUAUUUUACUUUACUUUAAGACACUAGUUGUAAUUUAUGACCAAAAUAUCGAAGGCGACAAUAAAUUAUUUAUAAUUUAAACAA